UGCACACAAGUGGGUGGCGUUCAUGAAGCAAAGGGGCUGUUCGUGCGUCACCGUCAAUUCGCAUAGCAAGGAAAGCAUCAAGGAGCUGUUGAAUGUUGUGCUGGGGAGGAUCAGGGAGAUCAAGGUCGGGGUGAGCGACUGCACAGGAACUGUUCUCUUGGUCGGUAUUCCUAAUGUUGGCAAGUCGGCCAUUGUCAAUGCGAUGCAUCAAAUUGGAAGGAUUGGGGCAGCAGAGAAGGGAAAGCUCAAGCAUGCGAUUGUCAGCAGCCAUCCUGGAGAAACCAGGGAUAUAAGUGGUUACAAGGUGGCUAGUCAUCCAAAUAUAUAUGUGUUAGAUACUCCGGGUGUUCUAUCUCCUAUAUUUGCUAAUGAUGAUUCUGGUCCCAGGCUUGUUUUGACAGGAGCAAUCAAGGAUUCCUUGUUAGAUGAGUAUGAGAUUGCACAAUUCCUUCUUUCAAUUUUGAACUCCAGGAAGGAAUACAGGGAGUGGGACGACCUGAAUAUAUUAGGAAAUAAAUCUUGUUUUUCUGAUGCAUUGUCCACCAGGAGUCACCAUAGUAAAAGACAGUACUCGUCUGAUCAUACCCAGGAUUUUAUUGUUAGAGGUGUUCGCCAAGCGCUUUUUGAGACUACAGCAACUUUUCAGGGAGAUUUAGGGAACGAGCAUGAUUUAAGAAGAUUGAUAGAAAUCCAGCUUACAUCCUUGCAGAAUGCUUUCAGGCUUUCUGCUGAAUCCAGUGAUGUUAUGAGUAAACGUGUGGCUAUCAAAUUACUCAAUCUCUAUCGCACUGGAAGGCUUGGCCAUUAUACCUUAGACCAUGUUCCAGAUGUUAGGCAGGAAGUAGCUGCAUAAUCAUCCAUGUGAAACACAUGCCAGAGAAGGAUACAUUUUGGAUAAAAGGCAUUACUUACUGUCCAUAAAACAGGUGAAUUAACUCACUUGAUAGACUAAACAUUCUUCCAAGUCUGAUCACUGGUAGAUCUGCAAACAACUCGUUGGUAUAUUAAGAAUUAUUAAUUACCCAAAUGUCAUGCUAACAGUAGUAAAACUGAGGUUAUACAGCUCAUCUUUUUCUAACAAAAGAAUAAAUACAUAUUGUUUUCAGAAUGAUUGAUGUGCUGCUGCUCUGAUCUACAAGUGAGUGCUUAUUCAGCUGCAGCAGACACUGUGUGGCUGCCUGGUACACCAUUGUUGUUUCUCUUCUCUUCCUUGCAAGUGAGAUCAAUGGUCAGAUGAUCAUGCCCAGUGAACUCUUUAAAAUUUGCUGCCCUUUCCAGUUCCUUAACUUCCUCAAUAACCAGCUCCAGUCGUACUACCAUUUCUACCAGUAAUGAAGCAAAAGCAGCGAAUGGAAGUGCUUCAGAGAACUCAAGGCUCGUGAUGGCUAUCUUACUUAGUGUCCUCCCUAAUGUGCUCCUCUCAUUGCGUUCUGGUGGUCGAUCUCCUUUUGUGAUUUUCCUUUCUAAUAGUGAUGCUGUAUCGGUCUUGCAUGAAGGCAGAGCAGUUCUUGAGGCAGUAUGCUUGCUUGAGUUCAACUCAAUUAGCAUACGACUAUUGGCAGAUCCAUGUUUUGAGCCAAGAAAUAGCCGUGGUUGUGACCUUAUUGCUGAGUUUAGAUCCUGUAGUGCUUCGUGAAGAUGAUCAGACAACACAUCAGGGGCACAACGAUGGUGAUUUCUUAUGCUGUCUGCAAGCUCCUGUAGAACCUUGGUCACUUCUUGUGCAACUCUAGUGCAUGGAUUUCGGAAUAGUGAUCUGACGGAUGUUGGAGUCUACAGCAUUUAUAAAUAAAAUUAUGUGAGCACAGAUUAUUCACAGAGAGAUGUUUUUAUCUGAAAUAAUAUGUCAUGUCAUAUUCACUUCUACAUGUUACAUGUUAAUUGGCAGAGGAUAGAUAUGUGUAAAUAUGGAAAAGCGCGAUGUACCAGAAAAUUUUAGUGUUCAUAGUACCUGAAUUUCCGAUUCGAGACACCCAUGAAGUGCAGCGACAGUAUAUGCGAAGUGCCUAAGCACUGAUCCAAGCUUCACAUACUUUUGCCAUGGGUAACUGUAACACUGCGUUGAGUGUCUUGGCUCCCAGCUUGCAUAGUGUGCCUGCACAAUUUGUUAUUACGUUCUAACCAUCAUUAAGGGCAUAAUUUUUCAAAUGAGAUAUAUGCCUGACAUCAGUCCUAUAGAAAAAAAGUUGCACCUAGAAGAGGAAAAGAAGAUUGAAACGUUAAAUGGUGAAUUACUUACCAGUGUCUCAUCAUUUGAUUUUGAUUCUAGUACUGCUCUAUAACCAGUAUGAAUGUAAUCUC